AUGGACCGGAUCAGCAGACAUAGCUGGCUGGGAUCUAUCACCCCCGACUCCGACAACGACGACCUGCCCAAUUUUGACCAAAUCGUCCAGCUGAUGGAGGCGGUGAACGGGCUGGUGAAGGGCGGCCACUUCACGCAGCAGCUGGCCAACGCCAUAUUCCAGCUGUGCCAGCAGCUGAAGCAGCACGGCGCCACCCUCGAACAAACGCAUAAAGGCGAGCUCAACAAGGUGUUCGUCUCCUUGCGCCAGGCUUGUUGCCGGGAUCAUGGCCAGCUGGGCACACCUUGCCGACUGAAGAUCAUGGAGCUCGUGGAGCUGCGCGCGAUGCAUUGGCGCAGCAACCUGGCCCACUCCCAAUACUAUGUGAACCGUCCGGAGCAAGCCGAAUCGACCGGCAGCUUCGGCAGCUCCUCCCCGAUGCCGAUGCAAUUCCAGCAGGCGCCCACCUUCUCCCCCUCCCUAUUUCUACCGGAAAUGCAACAAAGCCAAUCCCACACCACUAGCCCGUACUUCUUGAUCCCGGCGGCAGUCCCAGGCGGCUUCGUCAACCCGCUCCUCCCCGGCCUUCUCCAACAACCUCUCUUCGCCUCCGCCCUUCAGAAUCAUCAAAAUGCCGCCGCUGCCGCGGCGGCAGAAGUAUUGCUGCGGAACAAGCAGCUCAAGAAGCCGGCCGUCACCAAGCCCAUGCAGCUGCGCCACGAGAUGGUGAUCAGGAACGCGGAUUCGGGGAAGAUUAUGGGUGUCAAGGGCCGUCGCGUCGCACUUGUCGAGCAGAUCACCAACACGGUCAUCUCCUUCCAAAAGGUCGACCCAAAGGCGCGAGAACGAACGCUGACCAUCACCGCCUCGACCACCGACGCCAUCGAGCACGCCAAGCAGCUGGUGGAGGACACGAUCAGGAGGAACACGAGUCCAGUCAGGCCAGAAGCAGCCGCUCUUCUCGGGAUGGGGAUCGGAAAUUCCAUCUCAACUGGCUCGCCAUCUGGAGGCGACGACGAGUCGUCAGAAGAUGAGGAAGAGGGCGGCCAGCAGGACAUCUCCAUCGAGACGACGCAGGACGGCGUGCUCAAGCUGUGCUGCUCGGAUCCCCAGGUUCUACAGGCAGCCCAGGAAGCGCUCAGUGAAUAUCUGAGGAUGAGAACGCGACCUUCAAAUGAGGAGAGGGAGAAGAAGAAGGAGAGGCGCAAAUCUAUGCCCCUCCAAUCGGCCGUGCAGAAGGAGGAAGUCCGCCCAGAGGUGUCGGACCGUAGGCCAGGGCUGGAGAGGGCGAAGAGCCUCGGAGGAAGCACGCCGAAUCUGAAGGAACAAGCCGAGAAAGCCGCUAUCGCCGCCGCCAUGAUGAAGCCGUACGGCCCGUGCUAUGGACGAGAGGCCCUGCUUGCCCAGCAGGCCGAACACCUCGCAAAUGCCGAGGGGACGGCAAAGAUGUUGGCUACGAUUGCCAGCAUCGCGCCCGAGAUCCUCAAGGAGGUCGCCCAGAAC